CCNCCUAUAAUAGCAAAUCUAGAACUCAUUGAGGUUGAUACUCGUCAAGUUCCACAUAUAUUAAACUUGAGAUGGUUAGUUCCACUUUCAUCUACAAAAAAUCAAGUUCGUUAUUAUAACGUUACCAAUUAUUGCAAUGAUUAUGUCACUUCUAUUAAAAUGACAAUUAAUAAAUUCUGUAAUUUAUGGGAUGAUUAUGUUUGCGUAAACCUUUACAAAAAAUGUUCUACCAUUCAGGUUUUUGAGAUGAAUAAUAUCGAUACAGAUUACCAUCCACCUGCUAGUGUAUCUCAGGAAAUGUUUACUAUUACAAAACCAGACAAACCUGCAUCUGUUAGUUACACAUUACACGAUAACAGUAUAGUCGAUUUAGUAUGGUACCAUCCUUGGAAGACAAGUCGUCACCUGCAAUGNUUUCUUAUCAACGUAGAAGAAAGUACUUCAUAUCUAAAACAACGCAUUUCUCAAUCAACCAAGGAAAAGAAAUAUGAAUAUUCAGUAGAAGAAUAUAUGCGUAAUUAUACCGAGCGUUUACAUUUAUACCCAUCGACANUGUAUCGAAUCUAUAUUCGAUCUAUGACAAUCACAAACGAGACCAGUUUAUAUAAUUAUGUAAAUGUACAGACACCGUCAACCGCACGAUUCGAUGACGUUUUACACGACGUACCGGAUGAANUUAGUUUUACGAUNUUGUUAAAAGUGCCGCAUGUUCUUAAUGACACGUAUGAUAGUGGUAUGCACAUUAUUGUCAAAGGACCUAAUCGGUGCAAGAAUUAUUCGAAAAUACCUCAAAAUUUACUAAGGCAGGUGAAUGUAAAAAAGAAUGAUGUCGGAUGGCAAGCUGCUGAGAUCACGACAGAUGAGAUUGCUCGCAACAAUUAUACUUUUAUAGUUGGUGACAACAAAACUUACGGAGGAGCUAGGAAUUGCCCAUUGCAGCCUAAUCGAUCAUAUGAGAUAAUAGUUAUUCUAAAAGAACAAAGAUCAAUAUUUCGGAUUUCUAAUGAAAUGACUAUGCUUAAACUAUGGACUAGCAUCGGAGAAGUUUCAGAUUCAUCACCGAUUUACGAAAUAUGGCUUUCUAUUUCUAUAAUAUUACUGCUUAUUAUAGUUGUCACAGUUUUUUUUAUUUAUCGAAGAAGAACGAGACAAGUAUUGGAACAGAUGAUGUCGCAAAACGAGAUGGAGGUGUGGCAAAACGCUGAGAAGACGACUGUCUUUAGUAAUACAGUCAAAUCUCGGUAACUCGAACUUCUAUAACUCGAAAAUCUCUAUAAGACGAAAAUUUUGUUCAUUCUCUUUCGCUCCGCGGAAAGAAAAAGUGCACUUCGAUGAAUCGAAACCUCUACAAUUCAAAGAUUUUAGCUCUUUUCUUGAGAUUUGAGUUAUCGAGAUUCGACUGUAGUAGUAAUACUUAGAUUAGUAAUAUUAAGAUUAUUUAGAAUUAAUAUAAAAAGUAUCAAUUUUUGUGGUAUAAGUGUGGGCAGAGGGGAACGAUAGAAAGUUAGGAGGAUAAGAAUGUUGAUAGAAGUAGUGCUGGGAAGGAAUAGAGAAGAGGAAGAAGUAAUAGAGAAAUUGCAAAUAAUAAAAAAUGGGGACGUUUAGGAAAAAGAGGGAUGGGAAUAAAAUUGAGAUGAAAAGGUUGUAUGAAAUAGAGUGGAUAAAGAGACGUUGAGAAUCACUAUGAGUAAGGUUGAGGAUGUGAGGUGUGAAGGAUGGAGAGUAAAGAUAUGAUCUAAUGAAGCGCCGGAAGCGAGUUAAAAUUAAAUUAAAUUAAAAAUAGAGUGUGUGUGUGUGCAGACAAGUUAGAUAGAUUAUAGUUGUAAGUUAGCCGUAAGUUGUAAAAUUAGUUGUAAAUUAUCAAUUUUGUAAGUUGUUUAGUUGGUAAGAGAAUAAUGUAAUGGUUAUGAUUGUGUAAUUUUUU